AGGAGCAAUGUAAAAACCUCGAAACGUUUUUGCUUUCUUCUGCUUGCGAAUUUUGCACCGAGGUGGCACCUCCGCAUUGUCAGUUACAGUAGGCGUGGUUUAACAUGUUUACGUUUGAGGCUGGAGUGUGUUUUGUGUUGUGUUAAUUUAAAUUGGGUGUGACAUGUUAGAAAAACUGCCGUUAUUUAUUUUUAGGAAAACUACAUGGCGAACUUUUUACUAGACUAUUGAUUAUUCAUUCCACUGUGCCAUUAAAACACUGCUGCAUAAAUCUCCUAAAUUGAUUCCGUCCAAAUUAAUCAAAAAACAUUAACAAAAUGGUGUUAUUAACUUCUUGUUGGUCCCCAUGUAUUUGGACCAAUGAUUUGAAGACGAGUUGCAAAGUUAUUGCCUUUUACACAGUUGCAAUGAGUAUCGUUGUUAUGACUUUUAUUGUCUUUGACAUGUCUGGGGGCGACUCUACACAAUUAUAUAAUCCACUAUUUGAGGCAGAUAUUCGUUACUCAAUGCAAGUUGUUGGAGGAUGCCUCUUGGUCUAUUUUAUAUUACUCAUAGCCUCAGCUAUUAUUUUGGUUGUUGGUUUACAAAAAAUGAACCGUGGUAUGAUGUUGCCAUGGUUAAUUGCCUUUGGGAUUGUUGUUUUAUUCCAAUUAGUAUUUGGGUUAUGGUUACUUGGAGGCUAUUAUAUUUAUAUUGAAACUGUUUUACAUACAUUCGUAAUUUGGUGCUGGAUGACUUACAAUGGUUAUUGUUGGUUAGUCGUUUACUCCCAGUAUCAAGUUUUUGAGGAAAUGCAAUCUCCAAAUAUCGAAUUGCUGUGGCCCUAAAGGUGGCUUGAGAUUUUUUUAUACAUUUUUUAUUUUUCGUAGCUAGACACGACAAUAAAUGUUUUUUAUAUUA